AUGAAGUUCAGCCUCUUCUCCGUCGCCGCUCUGGCCUCCUCUGCUUUCGCCAUCCCCCUCCUCAACACUGUCCUCCCUACCGUGAAGGGAGUCGUUCCUACUGUGGAGGGAGUCGUUCCUACCGUCGAGGGAGUCGUCGGCAAGGUCACCCGUGGUGUCGCAAUUCCGGAUGUCACAGACGCUGCUGGUCUGGUCAACACUCUGACCGUCGUCGUGUCGGACGUCAAGACCCAAACUUCCGCCAUUAAGGUCAUUGUUUCCAAGGUCAACACCAACGAGAUCAAGAAGGUUGUUGCCAUCACCGAAGUCUCCAAGCACCUAUCUACCGUGAACGACAUCCUCACCGCCGCCGUUGGCUCGCUCACUGGUGUUGUUGGCCUCCACAUCGACCAGACUGACGUCAGCAACGUUCUCAACCUUGUCAUCGUUUUGGUCAAGGAGAUUGUUACAAUCGUCGAGGAAAUUGUUAGCGUUCUGGGACUUGGCCCGGUGAUCACCGUCAUUGUGAGCACUGUCUUGAGCACAGUCUCCAGCCUGCUGCUUCUUGUCACCGGCCUGGUCGGUGGCAUCAUUCCUGGCCUUGUCAACACCCUCUCCCCUAUUCUGGAGUCCUUUGACGGCAGCAUCCUGGGUGGUAUCUUGACCCCUGUUGCCACUGUCCUCACCGGUCUUACCGUCUAA